GCUACUACUAAAAACAUAAACAGCGAUUCUCACAGACUCCUAAGAGAUCGGAUUUGUAUUUAAAUUUGUAUUUGUUUGUAGUGGGUCCUGCUGCUCCUAAUCUCUGGAGGUGGGUCUCAACAGAACCCUAGUUGUGUCGCAAACUGGGGAGCCAAGUGCAGACGUUCUAACCAGCCUUAUUUCUCCUACUGCAAAGCAAGGGAGAAGAGAGAAAAGGGUGCGCUUUAAAGAUCACAUUUAAAUGAUGAUCCUCCAAGGACAUCCCCCCAUGCCUCCCAAAGCACGGCGGCUACUCCCGCUCCUUUAUCCUCCAAGAAUCUGGGAGGCUGCGGAAUCCGCGACGAAGGCUUCGGAGUGGAGCUCCCCCGAGCCUGAGGGGAAUAUGGGCAUGGAACCGAGGCGAGGACUGAACGCCGGCGACCGCGGCGAGCCGCACAGCAGCGAAGCAGGGAAGGUGGCUGCCUGCCCGACCGCCCCCAGCCCGGCGCGCCCCCCGCGCCCCCGCGCGGGCGCGAGUCGCCGGCGGAAGUGCUGCGUCGUGCACUUCCGGGUGUUGUCUGGCAGCCGCCGCCGCCGCCGCCGCCGCGCGUCUCGGAUCUCCCGGCCGCUGCUACCGCCGCCGCCGCCGCCGCCGCCGCUGCCGCCUCAGAUCCUGGAGCCAGGAGCGACGUCACCGCCAUGGCCGGCAUCAAAGGGGCGCCUGGGUGGCUCAGUCGGUUGAGCGUCCGACUUCGCUCAGGUCACGAUCUCACAGUC